CUCCAGGGGCUGCAGGGCCUCGCCAUUCACAUUCUCUCUCUCCUCCUUCAUUGACCUUGGUGUGUGCAGAGCUGUUCCUCUCUCACAUUCUCACUCCUCUCACAGCUGCAAUUGUCCUUGUGCAGUACCUUUUUGCCCUUCUUAAAUUCAUUACCCCAGAGGUGCUGCCGCUGCUGGGCUCAGCCUUGCCAAGCAACUAGUCCAUCUUUACUUUAAAAAUGUGUAAAUUUUUGCAAUGGAUAUGAAUUAAAGCAUUUUCAGUCUUCUGGCCUAUUUGUUAAUGAUGAAGAUGCAACAGAUUUAAUUUUUUAAAAUUGAAAAAGUAAAAAUUAACUGUUUCAACACUAAAAGUAAAAAACUUCUAUUGACAUCACAAGUCCUAUCUUGCCUUCUGAAAAAUUUGAGGGGAUUUUUUUGCAUCUCUUUGAGAGGAAUAGAGAAACAGUACUGUCAGCACUUUUGGCAUUAUUUCAGGUGCAGGACUGCCUGAAAAUUAGAAACAGAUUGGUGUUUAUAUUCUCUCCACUGUGUCCUUAGCCCUCAAAGGUUAUGGAUCUUUAUCUGUGUUUAGGGUAGGAUGGAACAACAGUAAUGACAACUCUAAAAUUUUCAAAAUCAUUAGGGUCUUACUUAUUUUUUAAUGUAUGUGUUUUGUGAAGUCUCAAUAGCUUUAGAAAAAGCAAUAGUAAUGGAAGUGAAGAGUGGAAUGCCACAGCAAAGAGAGAGGGACUCUUACAUCUCAUAGACAAUGCUGGCUUUUAGGAUACAAGCAAAUCUGGCAGCUCAGGUAUGAGCACAUUUGAUAGCGCUUCUGUGCAGGUCAGGAGGCUGGAGCCAGGACACCAUCCAGAGAAAUCAGUGCUUGCCCAGCCAACAUUUAUUUUUGAAAAGAAGGACCGUUCUUUGAAGCGACCUGCAGAAGACCCAGUUUGCAAAGGUGAAAAUGGUAAUCACCACCUCGCUGAAACAGAUUUCAUUAGCUGUUCCAGAAAACGUGCAAGAUCAUCAUCUUUGACUUUCCAGAAGUCUGACUCUCAGUCUGACACUGAUACAGCUCUCACACAGCAAAGAGGGAGAUCAUCUUCAUUUAACAUUCUUCCUACUUUCCCUCCCUCCCAAACAGUAAAGAAGAAUAACAUAUUCAUGACCUCAGCUCUUCUUCAAAGAAAUCCUGACAUCGUCAAAAGUACAAGGGAAGGAUCCUUGUCACCAAGUCAAUUGUGGAAUGUUAUUAGACCUGCCACUUUACAGCCCCCACAAGCCCUGACCUGUCCUGAAAUUCCUGUAGUAUGUCUAAUGACUAAGAAAGAAGCAUGUGUUCAGCUAUCUGAAGACAGCUCUUAUUCAUCCAAUGAGAAUUCAGUAAAUUCCAAAACAGCAGUGGGGCCAUCUUCCAGCUCUCAAAAAACACAAAGUCAGUUGCUCAAAGAAAGAAGUGUACAAAACAGCAACAAUUCUGAUUUUGUGUUUGGGGAAAACAUGGUUGAAAGAGUUUUGGUUGGAUCUGCACACACUGGCAGACUUUUUAUCAAGAGUCCUGAGAGGCAUCCCAAGCUGUGUAAUGAAGCUGAUUUACACAAAGGAGCAAUAACAUCCAUGUCCACGGGAUCUUCUCAUGUCAGGCUACAAACAAAAAGACCUUUGUUGAGGAAUGCAACACUAAUUGAAUCAGCAGCUGCUUGUGUUUCCAAGCCAGUGGACAAAAUCCUGUUAGAUAAAGUUGAAGUUAUAACUGGAGAAGAAGCAGAACAAAAUGUAUUGCAGAUUAACUGCAAGCUCUUUGUAUUUAAUAAGCUUUCUUUAAGCUGGACUGAAAGAGGCAGAGGAUCGCUGAGGCUUAAUGACACUUCUAGCAAUAAGCAUGGAAUGUUGCAGUCAAGGCUAAUUAUGCGAAAUCAAGGUAGCUUGAGACUGAUACUCAACACACAACUCUGGGAACAAAUGGUUAUAAAAAGAGCAAACAGAAAGAGCCUGUGCUUCACUGCAACAGAUCAAGAGGACCAUUCAGUUCAAGUAUUUCUAACUCAGGCAAGCUCGACAGACACUGAACACCUGUAUGCAGCAAUACAUCAUCGCCUUGUGGCCCUGCGAAGCUUUGCUGAGCAAAAGCCAGAUGCUCAUCAAGGAGACACAGAGUCAGAAACAGCUUUUCAGCCAUUUAACUGUGAUAGUGAUGAUGAGGAUGAUGAAGAACUAACUCAAGUGAGCAGCACUGGAUCCGAUGAGUCAAAGUCACAGAGAUUACGCACCAAAACCACUUUCUCAUAACCAAUGAGCUGUUUGAAGAUCAUUCUAGAUGGAACCGCAGGCAGUCUGUUGUCUGCUCAUGAUAUCUGCCAGAAGUUACAACAGCUCAGCUGGGAACUCAUCUUCCCAAAAUGUCUAAGCUGACUUAUCAACCCCUGGAGGGAGGAAAUCAGAUGCAUAUUACUUUAUUACUUUUAAGUAGAGAUUAAUUUUAGAGACAGCUUAAGUUUAAUUCAUUGAGAAAGAACUUCAGAUGGGAUUCCAGGCAGCCUGCUUUGCACUGAGCUGUGAAUAACACCAUGGCUUCCAAUAGUCAAGAACUGUUAUAAAGUCUUUCAAUUUUAGAAUUAAAUAUAUUUAGAUGCAUUAUUAGAGCGAGGAAUUUUAUAGGGAAUAAGUACUUGUUCAUCAUAUUGAUGGAUAAUACCACAUAAGCAUGAACUAAUAAUAUAUGUAAACAGAUAUUUGUUACUUUUAAUCUAUUAUUUAAAAGAUACAUUUGGAAAACUUUAAAUUUUGCUUCACUGAAAACAUUUAUUUAAAUUGUGUGGUAAUAUUCAGCAUCCUAUUUGUAAGUACAUGCAAGCAAAACCUGGGGUGGCAGUUUAGCAUGACCAAGGCCUAUAGAAACUAGCCCCUAUAGAAACCCCCUACAUAUUUAUUUUGAAAAUAUCUGGAGUGGUAUACUUUCUGCAGAAUUUUGUUUAAGGAAAAAGAACCAUGAUCUGCAUCUUUCAGCUGUAUGCACUAAUAGAAUUCACCAUGAGGAAGUAAAAGUUCAUUCUAAGGGCUAUAUCAGCUUUAAAAUUUAAAGUAUAACUGCUUGCUCAUGAACACCUUUCUAGCUGAACAAAACAAACACCUGCACUUGUGUAUAUUAAUUGUCCAUUUGAUAUACACAAAUAAAUGCAUGCACAGUACAACAGGAUAUCUACAUUAAAAAAUCCCUUAAAUGUGUGAGAUUAUCUAAGAUUACUUCUGCCUUAGCUGUAGCUAAGAGCAUCAUUCAUGAGUGUGUUACACAUUCUGAUGUGCACGAUAAUCCCGACUGUAGCCAAGACACGGUUGCUCUGUAAAAGUCAUUUAAUAAACUAAUGCCUUCUACCUAAA